UAUUCUUUCGAUAUGGUUACUGGAGAACAACGACUAUUUGCUCAUGAUACAGAAACUUCAGAUGCCCAUUGUACUUACACGGCAGAUGAUAGAAGAGAUAUUUUUGUGAUAAAUAAAAUACAAAUGUUGAAGGAUGUUGAUCGUGGAACAGCUUGGACUGGGCUCUGCUUGGAGUUGCCGCUGACGAGGUUCAUUUAUGUGGUGAAGAGGCAGCAAUAGACCUCCAAUUGGUGAACAUGUUGCUGUCAAAAAAUAUGAAAGGAAAGCUGAAUUGGUUGUAAUUGAUACACACGGAUUAAGAGAUUUGAGUGAUGC